AUGUACCAUUAUGGCGAAAUGGCGUUCAUGAUCCUGGGACUGAAGCCUUGCGUUCUGAUCCAAUUUCCGCAUCCUGCCAUGGCUGACUUAUACCACCGUGUCGUAUUGAAGCCAGUGUUUGAGCCGCAUGACCAGGAAUAUAGUACCCUUUAUAUUGCCCAUGAUCUUGCCAGCGAUGAAAUGUCAUUAAAGGACUCGUUUAUCGUUUAUCGGCGAGAGUAUCAAUCAAAAAUGGAUCGUUUGUUUCGCCCACCCACGACACGGAUCAGUGAAGCGAGUCUGGGUGAAAUCCUUGACUAUCCAGGCCGGUUACCGAGCAACGAUUCUGAAAUAGCAACGAUGCGCGAAGUAGCGUAUCUGGAAGGAACCCGUCUGCUCACGACUUUUGCUGCACAAGCGAACCAAAAGGCCCAAGUUGCUGCGCAUUUCGAACGAUACCGCGACGUGUGUGACGCCAAAAUAGGCAUGAAGCUCACAUGGCUAUUUCGAGAUCCGGUGCCGAUGGACAGUCCUCAACCACAUUGA